AUGGACACGUUGGAUCCCCAAGCCAGAAGGCGACUCCAAAAUCGCCUCAAUCAACGCGCUAGCAGAAAGAGAAAAGCUCUAGAGGCUAAGAAGCAAAAAUGGAUAGUCUACACCGAAGAAUCCAACAGUCCGGAUAAUGCCCUUAUCCGAACAAAAGCAACGCACCAAGUCACCCAAUUACCACCACCACCACCACCAGGCAUAACUAUUCAUUGUCUCAACCAUCUCACUCCCACCCAGCGCCGUCAAUACAUAGCCUACCUCCAAGCACUAGCUGCGCACAUGCUUGAAACCCCUGUCAUCUCACCCACUCUCACAUUCUGCCUCACACAAUACAAUAGCCUCCGCGCUAUGGGUCUCAACGCCAGCCUCAUGGGCCUGACACUAGAGAUUCUAGAUGAAGACCUGGCAUCUCAAUUCAAUAUCGACGGUUUUAUAAUGACUCACCUCCCGGCAAGCUUGUUACCAUCCCCGAAACAAAGGAAAAUAUUACACCAUCCGUGGGUCGAUUUGCUUCCCAUGGUAUCUCUCCGAGAGGCACUUCUUGAUCGGGAGGGCAUCCUUGAUGAGGAUCAGGUGUGCGAGGAUCUAUAUGGGACUUGUCUUUCUUCUGAAGUCGGGCUUCGUGUUUGGGGAGAGUCGUGGGAUCCGUUUGCUUAUGAGGUUUCGGAAAUUUUGGCUAGGAAAUGGACCUGGUUGGCUACGGAGUGUCCGGAUAUUAUCAAGUCUACUAAUUACUGGAGGAAGCAGCGGGGGGAGAAAGCCAUUGUUGUUGAGAUUAGCUGA